GGGUUCGAGAAUUCAAUAAAAGGCUUUCAUUUUUAAGAUAAGAAAUUUAGUUUGGUUUUAAGUGUUUUCAACUGCAGUGAUUGUUCAAGCUGCAUUAAAAUGCGAGCCACGCCAAUUCUACUUUUAUUCGUCUGCAUAAGGUCGACAUUAAGUUUUCCGCAAUUUAAUGGGCACGAAAAAGCGCAAGGAACUUCGUUCCGGCCAACGACAAUAGCGUAUCAAUAUGAUAGUCAAUCUUCUCCGUCUCAAGCCAUUCCGACGAGAACUUCCAUAUAUAGCGACGACUUAUACCAGUUCCGUAACAUUUUACCCGUUGUUCAACAACGUCCCCAUCCACGCACCGAAGCACCACCAAGAAAGCCUCAAGAAUUUAGACGGCCAGGUCCUAAUGAAAUUGAAGAGGAUUCAAAAGAGAAGGAGAUAGAGGAACCGGACCGAUUAACAAUCCUCCUUCCUCAAUCCAAAUUUGAUUGUAAUGGUAAAAAUACAGGUUAUUACGCCGAUGAGGGUUUGGGAUGUGAAGUUUUCCAUUAUUGCCAAGAUAAUGCGAAACACUCAUGGGUCUGCCCUGAGGGAUUUACUUUCCACCAGGUGCACUUGAUCUGCAUGCCGACGGGACACGAUAACAUUUGUCAGCAAUCCACCAAAUAUCACUUUGUCAAUGAUUACUUGUACAAACCUGUCAAUUUGGAGGAACACCAAACUAAACCCAAUAUCACCUUGCGAUACUCAGACCGUUACUACCCCGACAAUUACAGCUACCUCACUGAUUAUGGUGAUGAAAAUGAAGAGCCAAGACCGCAAUAUAAACAACCAGUACGCCCCGCUGUCCCAGUACAUUCAACACCAAAUCCAUAUCGCACUGUAACUGUACACAGAAGACCUGUACCGACACAAUUCGCUCCAACGUAUAGACCUGAAUCGCUUCCUCAAGUCUUCAGGUCACCCGAAGAAGUUAACAUCUCAUUACAGCAAAGGCGACCACCGUUUGUUGCUCAAAGAUACAGUAAUUCUGAGGAAGACUAUUAAUGGAUAUAAGUGUUUAAGUUUUAUCUCUUGUACAUUCAAGUAGUUAUUUAUUCUAUAUUCGUUUUUAUAAUACAUACCUAUAAUU